AUCUGUUUCUGAUUGAAGUCCGACUGUCUCUUUAAGAGGCACUAGUCAGCCAUUCAAGCACCGCCCCUUUCAUUUAACAGAUGAUGUCAUCGUGUCCUCCCUCAGACUCUGAACAAAUGAUGCUAGGAGUAGAGGGCUCUCUUGGUCUCUCUCCUCACAUCUCUCUCUCAAACAAGGUUACAGUGUCCAGGAUAGCCUGUUAUUCCAACCUCUCUCAGACCAGCAUCCGGCCAGCAUUUUUAGUCUGACAUCUUUGACAGCUAAAAAGAAGGGAUGUAGUCCUCUCUCCUAAACUUCAGCAUCUGUUCUUCUGUGAACUAAGUGGCGACCUCUGCUGCAUCUCCAGGAGUAAUCUCUCGUCGGUCCAGGUGAGAGGUGCUGUUCUCCAGGCUGCUGGAGGUCUGGACCAUGGCCAUGAAGGAGAGCAUCCUGCCCAUCAGCGAGGUGUCCAACCCCUACCCCGAGGUGGUGGAGCUGAACGUGGGAGGACAGGUGUACGUGACCAAGCGCUCCACCCUGCUCAGCGUGCCCGACACCACCCUGCACGCCAUGUUUGCCCUGUCCCCGCCCCGGGAGCUGCCCCGAGACAGCCGGGGGCGCUUCUUCAUCGACCGUGACGGCUUCCUGUUCCGCUACGUGCUGGACUUCCUGCGGGACCGGCAGCUAGUGCUGCCCGAGCACUUCCCAGAGCGCGAGCGCCUGCAGCGGGAGGCCGAGCACUUCCACCUGGGGGAGCUGCAGAGGCUGCUGGGACCGCGGCUAGCCAGGCACGCCUCCAUGAACGACGAGGGUUGCCACAGUGACGUUGAGGAGAGUUCCCAGGGCAGCGAGCACCCAGCAGCCCGUAACCCCGCCUCCCUCUCUGACAAGAGGUCAGGGUUCAUCACCGUCGGUUACAGGGGCUCCUACACCACUCUGAGGGACAGCCAGGCAGACGCCAAGUUCCGGCGCGUAGCACGGAUAACCGUGUGCGGACGCAUCGCUCUGGCUAAGGAGGUGUUCGGGGAGACGCUGAAUGAGAGCAGAGACCCCGACCGGCCUCCAGACAAGUACACAUCUCGCUUCUACCUGAAGUUCAUCUACCUUGAGCACGCCUUCGACCGGCUCUCUGACGCCGGCUUCCACAUGGUGGCCUGCAACUCCACCGGCACCGCAGCCUUUGUCAGCCAAUACCGAGACCUGGACAAGGUGUGGAGCAGCUACACCGAGUACAUCUUCUUCAGGCCCUCUUGCCGGACCCUGUCCCCUAAGCAGGGCUGUGACGAACACAAGCAGGAGAAACUCGCCGACAAGGGCAGUGAGAGUGGAACGUCCCUGAACGAGCUCUCCACCUCCAGCUCGGAGACCCACUCGGAGGCCAGCUCCCCCCAGGACGGGCCCGUGGUGGGGGUAGUGGUGGGGGGCUGCGGAGCCCUCCAGUCCGUGUCCCGCCAGCCCAGCACCCUGACCCUGGGUCACCCCUCCAAGAAGGGCUCCUCAGUACAGUGGAUGCAGCUGCCCAGCAAGCGCCGCAACAGCGAGCUGUUCCAGUCCCUGACGGGAGGGGGGGGGGAGGGGCUGAGCAGGAGGAAGGAGAGGCCUGGUGUGGAGGAGGACAUGAGGCAGUGCAUACAGGACUUCCACAACAUCACAAUCCCACAGGACUUUCCUGAACGCAAGCGACAGUGGCAGUCUGAACUUCUCCAGAAGUAUGGUCUGUAAGGAUCAGGCUGUGACUUGUUUACCGAUGCUGAUUUUUUUGGCUCACAGACUACAAACACUGAGGUUCUGCCAUUCUAAACCAUGGUAACUUACAGAUCUAGUUCUGCCAUUCUAAACCAUGGUAACUUACAGAUCCAGUUCUGGAAGGCCAUACAACAGAGUAUUCUAUAGCCAUUCAAAAAUGUAUCAAAAUGAUGUUCAAAACAGACAGCUCAUCAACAAGUCUAUAUUAACUGUUUGACCAUUUAUAUGAAAUUCAUUUGAUUUCUAACUAAUGUUCAAUGUUUGCUUGGUCUAGUUGAAAAUUUAAAACAGUUCAGUUGUUCCGAAAUAGACAUCAAAACAGUACAAACUCUAAAUGGAAAAAUACAUUCAAUAAUAUCUAGACUUAGCCUGUUUACACAUUAUAGAUGAGUGAUUGCCAAUACCAUUUAUUAUCUGCUAUAUUAGUCUUUGUAUGUUACUAUAGGAUGUCCAUAAUCAGUCUGUGAGUUCCAAUGUGUAUUGCUGCCACUGAUAGCAUGUCAUUUGAAUCAUUUAUAAUCUAGAAUUACAAGAGCGCAAAAUAUGUAAUUUGUGUUGUACAGUGACUACUGUGUACAAUGGUACUGCAACAGCUGCAGGUUUCAUCGCAACUACCAGUUCAUAUGUGUCUGGGCACUGUUGAGCGACGUUAGGCAGGGGAGCGUGAUGUGCGGUGGACUUUCCUGGAGUGCUGUGUUAUUGUUCUGGACUGUAUGUAUAGGAGCCCUGUAGCCUCU